CAGAGUUUGUAAACAUGGCAGACGAGGCGGCGAGGCGGCGGGAGCUGAGACGAAGGAAGAUACUGGAGAAUGCUGAGGAGAGAAAGAGAAAGAUUUUUGGCACCACGAAAAUCAAAGAGGACAAAGAAACGCCAGUGUGUGAGGACCCGCCGCUGCCGCCACUGACCCGGCAGACCCCGCCCACGGAGGCAUUCCCUCUGAGGGAAGGCAGUGUACCAGCUGCCGAGGAUCCCAUGUGUGAUGUCCGCGACGUUCGGGACAGCAUAGACACCGGCCAGCCUCCCCUGGUGGCACCCAACUCCCACAACAGCAGCGAGGACUCCUUCCCUCUCAACACACCGCUCACCUCCACACCCAGGCCAGAGCGACACAGCCCCACAGUCCUGUCCCCCGGCUCCCGGCUGCUGAACGGCACGGUGCCAGACUCCACGGAACAGUUCCUCAACUUGAGCCGGCUGUCUUCUGUCAACGGGAGCCUUGGUUCUCCCGGGGCCGAGGCUACGCCCAGACCAGAGCCAGAGCCGUCCCGGGCCGUGGUGGUGCCGGUGGUGCUGGCCUUGCUGGUGUGCUGCCUCCUGUCUCUCAACCUGGGCUACAUUGUAUCCAACAGCAUUGCAUUUCCAUUCCUGCUGUGGGAGAGCCACAGCCUGUGGUGCAGGUGGCAGGCCCUGCAGGCCGCCUCCCGGGGUAGGUCCAGCCUGCUGGUGGUUGCCCUCAUGUUGAGUGGGGUGAACCAGACUACCAUUUCCACCUAUGUAGUUAUAAUGAACGUGAUGAAGUGCUUUAUGGAAGAUUUCUUCCUGUACAUAUUUACUGUAGUGAUGUGGUCCAGCACAGUGGGGCUGCCUGGCGUGCAGGGUUAGGUGGCUGAGCCCAGCGUGGCCUUUGCACCGCAGCAAGUCUUUGCUGCUGGCGAUGUGGAUGGCCUGGAGGAGUUUUGAGGGAAAGUAUUUAUUGUGGUAUUUAUCUAUUCAGGAUUUGUAAUGAGUUGCCAUAUUGUGCAAUGAUUACACGCGAACCUUUAGGGCGACAGAUGGCUUUCUUCAAGUAACGCUUACAUAAUCAGCCUCCACUUACUUACUGUUCAAGUCGCCUCGUCAGCCAGUGUUGUCGUCACAGUGGCAGGAGGAAUGUGCUCAGCGGGAACAGUAUGAACCAUUGACACACACAUGCAUGCACAUUUUAUUUCAUGUGCAGGCAUUUGUCAAGACCGGAGGUGGUUUGUAUAGUGUCAAAGGCACACUGCUGCUGCCGCCGUUGCCACUGUUGCUCACAUCUUUGCCCACAUCCUCACUCUUGCCAAGUCCUGCCAUUGAAAUUUAUACUGCUGCAGAUCACUUGCUGAUUUUGUUUACUGAUAUAUUUAAUCUUUGUAUGUUGUUAUUAGGGUAUUUUGUGCCAAAUUAUGCUGAUGUGCUUUACUUCAAUGAAAGGUUGUCACUUGUGGAUUGAUGAUCAUAUGUGAAGCCUCAACAUGGGCCGAGGAAAUGAGGGAAAUAGUGAUGUAGACUGUGUUGGUGGAAGGAAGUGAUAAAGUGUACUGAAUAUUUGAGGUUGUGUGUUGAGAGCAAAGGAGACGUGAGGUGAGGUCCUGGGAAGAGGCUUACAAAUUAAAACCACUUUACUAACUAUAUAUUUACACUUAAUCUUGCUGCUCAUCAAGUAAACACAGAGCUUUUCCUUCAAAACUGUGAUGAUUGCAUAGGAAUAUUUUGUCUUUUUCUUAAGUUUAUUCACCAGAUAUCUUGUACUUAUACCACAGACUCCAUUGCAUAAUAGUCAUCUACCCAUCUGUUUACAUAUCGAGCUGCCAUCCCCUCAGAGGUGGGUGGCAGAGACUGUGUGUGCUUGAGUGUGCACUGUGAGUGGAGGAGUUGUGUUCUUGCAGCCCAACAGGAGUGGAAUGCUGGCAGUCCUGCUCUUCUGUGUCUGGUUUUUUCGCCUUAUAACUUAAACCACCAUGAGAUGAGUAGGAGUGUGAAGUCACCUCAGGUUCUAUAUUUGCUUGUCCUUUACUAAAUUUCCAUGACUUAUUUCUGUAAGAAGCAAGAUUUAAGUAGUUUUUGUUCUGUUUGGUUGUAUGUAUUUUGUCAUUCUCAUAAUAUUAUUGAAAAAUUAUGUAAAGGUGAUUUGUUCCCUUGUUUUUUUGUUUCUGUGGGCAUUAGUGAAGUGUCUAAUUUAUGCACAGCUCAUCUUGGACAGUGUUUAGUCCAUAGUUGAUGCUUAGAGUGGGAAGGAGUAUUAGAAAACAUAGAUUGACACAUUCACUUCUUUGUUCUGUUGUAUUCUGGUGUUUUUGAGUGGCCCUACCUUUUGUACUGGCAUGACCAGGAUACAUACAUACAUACGUGUACCCUGAGCUUGCUAGUAUAAAAUAGGCUACUCAGGAAAACAGAAUAUAACAAUGAAGAAAGCAUAGAUUGACACAUUCAUUUAUUUUUUCUGUUGUAUUCUGGUGUUUUUGAGUGGCCCUUUCUUUUGCACUGGCAUGAUCAGGGUACUUGUAUAUAUUUCCCCUGUGUUGCUUUCCUGGGAGUGGUCACCUGCCUCCUGGUGACCACCUCUCGUCCCGCCUCAAGGAAGGAAUUCAUUGUUAAGUACGAAUGAACAAAAUCUGAACCAUUCUGUACUUUGCCAUGCACUGUUUCACAUUUUGUAUGAUGCUUGUAUUCCGUGAAGAGUGAAGAGUGGAAGGAACACCAGGGAAGAUGUGUCAUGUAGUAGUGUGCUCCUUGAGGUCACAGGAGUGUGGCCAACACUGGGACAGGAGCAUCAGGGAAUUCAAUAAACUCCAUCCCUCCUC